ACGAGCUCGUGAGCACGUUGCAUGUGCCUCAUUCUCUCAAAUAAACGACGAAAGUGUACGUUAACAUGCGGAAAAACCCGGAUCGUCAGUCUGUCACGGUUGACAGGGUGCUCGGAAUGGAAACGUCUCGCCCUGCCUCACGUACGAAACGCCCUCCGAAGGAACUAAACGACAAGAGCGAAGAGAAGAGGAAAGCUACGGCAGCGACAAUCACAGGACUGGCGAACCUCCAACAUUCCCUUGGUCAAGCCAUGGAGAAGGCAGGAAAGAAUGUCGCUACCAGAGACACCGCUUCACCUCCAUCGCGUACAUCCCGGAACAGGAUGGUCAUCGGAGUGGUUGCCACCAUAGUAACGUUUGCCAUCAUAUUCAUCGUCUCAUACGUGAUCGCCCGACGAUACUUGCACUCUGGUGAACAGCUUGGCUUGGCAAACGUCUGUAGCAACUCGAAUUGCUUUGCACAUGCUCGAGCGCUUCAAAGUGGCUGGAACACGAGCCGCGACCCAUGUGACGACUUCGGCGCCUUCGUCUGUUCCGCUUGGAAGUCUCAGCUAGAGAUGAGUUUUUCGACAUCCACCGACAUGCAGUUCAAGUGGGUCGAUGACAUAGUGACCAUGCUCAACCGGGGCAACACUCACUUCAGUGCAACUCGCAAAGCUGUCGACCUGUUCGCCUCCUGCUCCAACCGGUCCACUGUUGACCAGGAUAAGGCGCAAAAUGAAUUCAUAGACCUUCUCAGGUCGAAGAAUAUCCGGUGGCCAUAUGAACCGCCAAAUGUAGAUCCUUUAAGUGUCCUCAUAGACCUUGACACCAACUUGCUGGCCGAUCUGUGGUUCCGCAUAAGCAUACGUGGUCGACAACCGAACGCUUCUAUUGUCAUCAUACCUUCAAAACAAUCCUUGUUUUGGGCGUCAAACAUAAAACGUGUGAGGGGCUACAACAAGCGGGAUGAAUAUUGUCUCAUGUACUACGACCUCCUAACGACGGGAGAGAAGCCUGAGGACAAACGCUACUGCACCAAACUCCUUCAAGUAGAAGAAGAAAUCAUGUUUGUCAUGGCCGACGUUGUGAGUGACAGCGUGAAGAAGGUCGUAGGCGGCUCGCUGAAAAAUGUGUCGUUGAAGCACACUCCGAACGUGGGGGCCGAACGCUGGUUAGAAGCUCUGUACAGACAUUACGGCCCAAAGUACAGGUUCUCCCCGAAUACAAUUGUCAAGUGCGACAACCAAAGAUUCCUGGAAACCGUAGACUCAUUGAUUAGCACCCACACUAAUGAAGAGCUCCUCAACCACAUAGGCUGGUGGUUUGUUCAACAGUAUGCAGGGAUAGCCUUCGCAAGAGCGAACAUCAUCCAUUUUGGCGACCCUAAACUGGCCAGCCAGUACAGCCCCACGAUCUGUGAGUUGUUGGUGGAGGACGUAUACCGCACCCUUAUUGUGGCUGACCACGUGGCGAAGACCUUUACCGAAUCGGCUCGAAAGAAAGUCGAUGAGAUCCUGGACGCAAUAGAGAACCAUACGAUGCACAUGUUUGCGAGUUCUCCGUGGAUAGACGACAAUAGCAAGCAGCAGUCGGUGGCUAAACUGAAGACUUUGAAGCGCACGCUUUGGCCAGCAGCUAUGACAAAUACCAAACUGCAGGAUUUGUACAGCGUGUUCCCAAGCGCCACAUUUUACUACAUGAGAGAUUGGACCGAAAACGCCAAGGUUUUCCAUAGCUUGCUGGGCGAAGUGCGGUACACGGAGCUCACCUCCUUGCCACAUAAUAUCCGAGAGUAUCCAGUCUACUACCACUACGUCGACCACGCUAUUACCGUCGCCAUGAACACCGUUGAGGCACCGCUCUUCUACCAGGACGCCACCUCUUCCGUGAACUAUGGGGGACUUGGCGCAACAUACGCCUUGCGUAUUGUGCGCGUCUUUGAUCCCGAAGGGAUUCAUCUCAGCGACAAAGGCGAAUACCAAUCCUGGUGGUCGAACAGCAGCUUAUCAAAUUACACGAAAAAGGUCGCAUGCGACUCUUCCAGCUUUGUCGGAAUUUUUCCGGAAGUCCCCGCCCUGGAGAUUGCGUACGGCGCCUACAUGUCUGUGGUCAGCCAAGUCCCGGACUCGUUGCUCCUGUCUAUGGAAACGUACUCUGCUGAGCAAAUAUUUUUUAUGUCUUAUUGUCACAGUUUAUGCGGUGAUUCCGUUACGAACUUGCCGGUGGACAGGUGUAAUAAGGCUCUCAAGAAUUUCAAGCCGUUCGCACAGGCUUUUCGUUGCAAGGACGGGUCGUUCAUGAACCCGGGACAUAAAUGUACUUUCUUUUGA